GUUCGCGAAUGUCCAGCAUUGAUCAGUUGGAUUCAAGCAACAACGACUUUGAUUUGCCACUUACCGAAGACGAUCAACAACUUCAUCAUGUCUCUGGAUUCAUAAACUCGGAUACCAGCACUUUGGACACCAAUGGUGGCGACGAGUCAGUAGAUCGCAAUGCUGCCGACAAAGUUGCGCUUGAUGCCCGCAAUGCCGUCCAAAUCUACGAAGAACAGCGCCCAGAUCUUACUUUGCGGACAACCGGUGGCCGAGAAAUAGGUGAAGAUGCUGUUUGGUCUGUUUCUUCGUUCAGACCCGAUUGGGGGGUAGAAAAGCUUCGAGACAACAACCCAUUGACCUAUUGGCAAUCGGAUUGCCCUCAACCCCAUUUCCCUCAUUCUGUCAAUAUCCUUUUCCAUCGUGCAACGAUAAUCAAGCAAGUUUCGAUAUUCGUGGACUUUAACCAGGAUGAGAGUUACACUCCUAAACAAAUAUCAAUUCGCGGCGGAACCACAUUUCGAGACCUGCAGGAAAUUACACUAUUAGAAUGUGACGAUCAGACGGGAUGGAAGAAUGCCGACCUUUGCGUGGACGAUGGUGAACCUGUGAGGGUAUUCCGAUUACAAAUUGCAGUGCUCAGCACUCACCAAGGAGGACGCGAUACACAUAUACGACAGAUCAAAUUGUACUCACCGAUACCAGCGUUCAUUCAUGAGCAGGAUGUCAUUGAUCCCGCACAUAGCCGAAGACAAGCACUUAAAAAAAUAUAACCAACAGACACUCCUGCCUCUAAGACCAUUUUAUCAUACUUACAGACACGCAAUGUGUACAUUUCUUUUUAAUAAUCAUGGCAUUUUUAUUUUUAAUAUUUUUCUAGCAUAUUGCCAAUUUUUUUGAUCUACCAGUUCUUAACAAGGACAAGGUUGAACGUUGAUCCAUUGACCUGUAUUAAAGUGUAAUGAGAGAUUGUCAGAUAUGGUCGUGAAAUACAAAUUCUA